UAAAGUGCCAGUGUAUAAUAGUGAAACUAAGUUAAAAACAUCAUGUCGUCUCGGACGGGUCAGCGAGGCACGUCGGUGGCUAACAGCCAGCGUCGGCAGCCUCGCUCGAGGUCGUCGACGAGGGCUGGCGAGAAGAAGUCGAAGGGAGGCGAGAGGACCGGGGCUACCAGUCUGGUGUCCAUCCCUAACACCAUCAAGCUUAGCAUGCUGAACAGCGGGCUUAUAUCAUUUGAACGGGUGAAGUUUAAACCAGAGACUGACGAGAACGGCUCCAUAACGGAAACGAUACCGGCCGAGCCCGUGCAGCUGAAGAACUUCCCCAAGCUGUGCGAGCAGCGCCGCAAGUUUCCCGUCCUCUACAAGCUCGAGUUCCAGACAGCGGUCAAAGUGGAGACGCAUUCGUGUCGGCACGCCACCAAGAAGACUAAUCUACACAAAAACCAGAACCAAAAAGUUAUACCUUAUGACUACAAUCGAGUGGUGCUAAACACAGUGGACCGGGAACCUGACUCAGAUUAUAUUAAUGCUUCCUAUAUAGAUAGUAUAUUAAAACCCAAUGCGUACAUAGUGACGCAGGGGCCCACUGAAGACACGGUGCUGGACUUCUGGCGGAUGAUAUGGCAGGAGCGGGCGGCUGCCAUCGUCAUGCUCACCAAGACAUUCGACUUUAUCAAGGUAAUGUGCGUCCAAUACUGGCCUCCGAGCAAGGACAAGGAGGAGACGUACGGGGACCUGCACGUCUGCAUCGAGCGCGAGGAGGAGCUGGCCAAUUUCCACAUACGGACGUUUAGGCUUUAUAAGAAAAACGAACAAGGUGUGGUGAUCGAAGAGCGAUUCAUCCUCCAGUUCCACUAUACACAAUGGCACUCCCACACAUGUCCAUUCAGCAAUGCGCUGCUUGAGUUCCGGCGGCGCGUCCGGGCCGUGGUGGGCCGCCGGCUGGCCGCCAAUCCCGCCGCGGGACCCAUGGUCGUGCACUGCAACGACGGAGGCGGCCGUUCAGGAGUAUAUUUAUCUAUAGACGCUAACCUGGAGUUGGCUGAAGAAGAAGACUGCUUUGAUGUUUUCGGCUUUUUGAAGAAGCUUAGACAAUCACGAAAGGGCCUUAUAGAGAACGAGGAACAAUACAAGUUCGUGUAUGAUACGUUAGAAGAGCACGUCGUCUGUGGAGUUUCCUGGUUCCCAGUGACGCACCUCACCAUAAGACUGCAGUCCAAAUCACAGCGGGACCCGGUGACCAAGCUGAACGACUACCAGCGCGAGUACCAACAGAUAUGCAAACAGACGCCAAGGUUUACUAUCGGGGACUGCGCAGGCGGCCAUCGAGGAGAUAACAGGGAGAAGAACAGAGAUGUCUUGGUUGUUCCACCUGACAACUUUCGGCCGUACCUGACGUCGUUUCAAGGCAACAGUUUCACCGAUUACAUCAACGCCGUGUUUGUAGACGGGUACACCAAGCCUCGGGAGUACAUCGUCACUGAGUGGCCGCUGAUCAAGACGCAGGGCGAGUUCUGGUCGCUGGUGUAUGACUACGAGUGUGCUGCGGUCGUGGUGCUGUGCGUCCCGCCUAAGAACUCUCAACAAUAUCCUCCGUUCUGGCCAGAAAGCCGAAGUCCCAAGAAAUACGGCCCAGUCUUCACAAUAGACCACGUCUCACACGAACACUUUACCAACAUCAAGACGUGGAUAUUCCGCAUUAACAAGAAGAUCGUGUCCCUAACGGAGCUGAUGGCGGGCGUGAAAGCGCCACCGAAGACGGUCCAACUUUUCCAGCUGACCUGCUGGCCCAUGGGCCACAAGGUGCCCACGUCCACCAACUCACUGGUGGAACUUAUGAACAUGGUAGAGCGGUGGCGGCAGCGCACCGACUACGGGCCCGUCUGCGUCGUGUCGCCAGACGGGCGGAGCCGGGCGGGGGUGUACUGUGCGGCCAACGCUUGCAUCGAGCAGGUCAUCCAGCACGGCGAGGUGGACGUGUUCCAAGCCGUGAAGACCGUACGUCGCCACCGUCCGCAGCUCGUCGAGAACAUGACUGAAUAUAAAUACUGCUACGACCUAGUGCUCCACUACGUGCUGCAUUAUUUAAAUGAAGAUAUGAAUGAAAAGAAGUGAGAGUGCGAACUCAAGGGCGAGCCCUGGUUCAUCGAGUUUGGACGCGGCGCGGCGCUACCCACGACGCCCGAGGAGACCAGCCCAGCGGCGGCCCCCAAGGACAAGCGGCCGCCGCGGCCGGCGCGCCCCCGGCGCGGACUCUCGCUGGACCGGCUGCUGCCCGCGGCCGUGCGCCCGCCGCUGCCGCACGCCGCCACCGUCGACCCGCCGCGCCGCACCCGUCGCGCCGACCGCCCGCCGCUGCGUCGCUCCAUCCGCCUCGAGGACGAAGACGCUGCUGCUGACGAACGCCGUCGCGUCUUCGUUCAUGGGCCUCGCGCGCCCUCCUUUGACGAGGGUGAUGCCAGCGACGAGCACGAGGAGUGCGACUGCGCGCAUAGCUCGUUCGAGCGCUCGGGCCACUCGGCAUCGGCUGACACCGCCGAAGACGACGAUGAAUAUGAACCAGAGCUCGCUAUCACCCCGCCGCCCGUCGAACCGCGGCCGGUGGCACGCCCGCACUUACGCGGCGUGUCUUCCGACCGCGUGCUCG